AGCCACAUCCAUUGCUCCCCUCACCCCUUCUCUCCACCUCCAGCCCAACACUCUACUCAUCUGCUGCAGCCCUUCAUUCUCCUGGAACACCGAGAAGAAUCAACCACCUUCAGGUCCUACAUCCUCUACAAAAUCAACGUUUGUCAGCAUGGACGCCACAAGAAACACCCUCUUCAUCUCUGAGGCGCUCUCCCACCUGCUCCUCAUGAUGCUGACGCUGGGCGUGGGUGUUUAUUCAAUGCCUGUUCCUACUGAUGUCCCCAUGUGCACAGCCACAGAAACUGCCCAGUACAGGCUAACUUUUACUGGCAAGUGGACCCAGGCUGCUUUCCCGAAACAGUAUCCAGUCUACCGUCCACCUGCACAGUGGUCCAACCUCAUUGGAGUGACUCACAGCUCUGAUUACCACAUGUGGCAGCGUAAUGAGUUUGCCAGCAAUGGAGUGAGGGAGUUUGCAGAGAAAGGCGAGGCCUGGACCAUCAUGAAGGAAGUUGAGGAGGCCGGCGAACGCAUCCAGAGCGUUUAUGGGAUCCUCUCUGCUCCUGCUGUUGUGGGAGGCUCAGGACAUAUGAACACUGAAUUUGAGGUCUUCGCCAGACACUCCUAUUUGUCUUUCAUCGCGCGGCUCGUUCCAAGCCCCGACUGGUUCGUGGGUGUGGACACAGUUGACCUGUGUGACGGUGACAAGUGGAAAGAGAACGUGUCUCUGGAGCUUUUCCCUUACGAUGCAGGAACUGACAGCGGGUUCACUUUCUCUUCUCCCAACUUUGAGACCCUCCCACAGGACAAAAUAACACAGAUUACUUCUUCCUUCCCGAGCCACCCUGCAAACUCCUUUUACUACCCCCGUCUGAAGCACCUGCCUCCCAUAGCUAAGGUGACGCUGACCAAGAUCAGGAAGACCAAUCAGAUCAUCAGCCUACCUGUGGAGCCCACCCAGUCCAACCUAUUGCUCACAGGAAACGAGAUAGACGACUCGCCCAUCAAUACCCCUCUGGACUGCGAGGUGUCAGUCUGGUCUCCUUGGGGCUUGUGCAAAGGCAAGUGUGGAGACUCAGGCGUGCAGCACCGCACACGGUAUGUCCUGAUGCACCCAGCCAACAAUGGAGCAGCCUGCCCCCUGUUGGAAGAGGACAGGAAGUGCUUCCCAGACAACUGUUUAUGACUAGGCCCGGAUAGGAGGGAGAAGAAGGAGAGGAAAGAGAGGAGGGACAAGAAGGACAGGAAAACCAAAAAAGGGAGGAAAGGAAGAAGACGGAGGAACAACAAAAAAAGGUCUGCGGUGAAAUCACACGAGGAGUGAACACCCUGAACCAAACUCUUGUCUUUUCCUCCCUGACCAGACUCUCUUUCUGUGGAAGCAGCUGAUUGAUAGUCUCUGAGUUAAAUUUUGGAGGCAAAAACAGUCACACCCUCAAGCCACAUUGAUAAAUCUGACAGCACUAGAGAGGUGUAGUUUGGCAGCACAGCUAUUAGACACUAACUCAGUUUUGUCAGAUUAUAAAAAUUUGUCUAAGUUGGAGCUGUGUGGUUUGAACAUUAUGAGGAAAAGAACAUUUUUAUUACAUUAUAUUUGGGCUCUGACUUUUGUGAAGAUCACAGACAGACAGUUAUGACUCCCAGCAGCUUUCAACUAAUGGAUGAGGAAAUAAAUGCACACAAAUGAUACUGAAUAUAAAAAAAAAAACUCCACAUCCACUAAACACUGAACCAAAACUUGUCAUACCCACAAAACAGGAGGCCUCAGUAGUUCCAUUAGCAGAAGUAGUUCUGGUAGAAAAGUGCAUCAGACUUACAAAAUAGUGUAAAGUCCUUUAAAGGAUGUCUCAUUGAAAACAUAAUGUUCACAGAGACAUUAUGGUUGUUUUCCUGAAGACGUGUAUAUUUAUUGACAGGAUUUUAACCUGUAGUGUACAGUAUAUAUCAAGUCUGAAAGUUAUGAUGUGUAUUCCUUUGUGUU